GUGAUUUCUUUCAUUCUUUUCCCCCUCCUUGUUUUUCAUUCUCACUGUGGGGUGGACGAUACAGCACAUUUUUGGCAUCGAUUUGAUACCAUAUAAAUAAUGAGCCACUUUUGCUACAUUUCUUCAAGAUCAUUAUAUGUUUUUGUGGUUAUUGCCUUUCAUUUCUUGACCUGAUAAUCAUAAUAAUAUAUAGGCAAAAUAUAUUGUAACAAAAUAUCACACACAUAAAAUGUUUCCAAAAACAUAAAACAAUAAUAUACAGUAUAAAUAGGCUAGUUUUGAGCCGAUACUGAGCGUAUCCCCCGGUAUCGAUACUUUCGACAUUUGGAUCUCCCCGCCCACCCCCUACCUCACUUUGCUUUUUUGGAGUGGCUGGUGCUUGUGGUUGUUAUGCCCACGCUUCCGAGCUGCUCCACGGUGUUGCCCGGUGCCGCGGUGCCUCGUCGCCGAGUUGAGUCGCUCCUUCUCCGGCGUCGCGGACUCUAUGCUCUCGCUGUCCACGUGUGUGCUCCACCGAGUCCCGACCUCUCGCGGCUCUCACGAGGCUGACUUGUUGAAGUCCGACGCCAAACGCAAGCUGCUCGCAAAAUCUGUUAAAUAGAAACUUUCAACCAUUUUUUUGUGAGGGCUGGGGACGACGGGGGAGCCGCACGACUGGGAACCAUGAGCGGACGCGCGGAGGAGGCCGGCGAGAGCUCCCAGGAGCCCGCAGGGGCCGCGGAGCCCCAGAAGAGGAGACCGGGCAGACCGAGGAAACUCCAAAAGGAGCCCAGUGGAGAGCCCGUCCCCAAGCGUCCAAGGGGGCGCCCCAAAGGAAGUAAGAACAAGGGCCCUUCAAAGGCAGCGCAGAAGAAAGCUGAAGCAACCGGGGAGAAAAGACCCAGGGGGCGACCCAGGAAAUGGCCUCGUCAAGUUGUCCAGAAAAAGCCUGCUCAGGAAGAAGAAGAAGAGGAAGAAGAAGAAGAAGAAGAAGAGGCUGGAGAGUCCCCGGAGGAAGAUUAAUCUUCCACACCACGAAACCUCUACCUCAUUCAGCUGUCAGGUGUUUCAAAGGGAAACGACGACCUUGACCACUUUUUCUCUUUCAUUUGACUUUUGUUUGAUUUCAGUUCAUGUCCAGUAUUUCACCGUGUCACUGGGAUGUUUCUGUCUUGUUAUUUCACCCCAACCAACAUAUACAGACUUAGGCUGUGUCUCAAUUGGCGCGCUUUGGUUCUUCCACUCAGUACUAAGUACACAUUGUACACAGUAUACCUAUUGAAGUGUACCAACACAAGUAUUCCAUUUGAGUUGACUUGAGUUUCCAUUGACACUGCGGUAAAAUUGAGUACACUCAAAACAGUCCAAAGAAUGACGCUGGACGCUUACCACCCUCAAGAGUGGCCAUCUUGGCUACAUACAUGUACUUUGCAAGUACAUACGUGUAAAGUAGUGAACAGAAAACGAUGCAGGUAAAUAUUGUCAUUGGCAUUUCAACAUCCAUAAUGGAUUUAGGACAGUUUUUUUUUUUUACUCCUGGGGUGUCCAACCUUUUUACAUUGAGAGCCGCAUAUUGAAUACUGAUAUUUGACAUUUGGUAAACCAGCCCGUGUAGAUAUGCUAAAGAUUAUAUACAGUAUAUACAUAUUUUGAGAAAAAAACAGCUUGCAUCCCCACUUUGUGAUAUAGGUAAAUAAGUGUAUUAUUAACAUGAACUUUUUUUUUUACCAUAACUAUUUUUUCCCCAAAUAUUUACAUUUUUUUAUCUUGUAUUCCCAUAAUAUUUUGACUUUAUUCUCAUAAUAUUACAACUUUUUUUCCAAAAUUUGCAACAUUCUUUGUUUUGUUUUGUCUCAUAAUAUUCCAAGUGAAUAAAAUGAAAUAUUUCUAUGAUUUUUCUAACAUUAGUAUGACUUUAUUGGAAAAAAUGACUUUUUUCCCCCUCCAGAAAUUUUUUUCUCCGAAUAUUUCAACUUAAUACUCGUGAAAUUACUGCUGCUUUCUUCCAUGUUUACUGUUUGAAUCAAAUAUAUUUUUAGAACGUUUACACGGCCUGUAAUUGGACACCCCGGGUGUGCACACUCAGAAACUAAGUACACGGUACAUUAGUACAUUUAUUGAGUUCUACUGACAAUUAUCUCAAUUUGCGUGUCCACACGGAUAAUGACAACAAAUUGCAAUGCACGGUCAGAGUGUGCAGCGCUGGACACUUACCACGGUGGGGAGGGACUUGAUUUGGGACGGCACUACGCUGUCAAAAUUAGCGCUCUCAGGAACUAUGUAUACAACGUACACAGUGUACUUACUGAAGUGUACUAACUGAAGUGUUCCAGUUGAGACACAGGCAUUAGAUUAUUAGGCACAUAAGGAGGUGCAGUUGACCUCUUGGAACAAUAUUUGUCAUUCAGAAAUGCAGAAUACAGCUUUUUAAAAUAGAGGUGCCCAUCAAGAACAGGGAGACACGUACUUCCUCAAAGCAGUUAUUAUUAUUAUUAUUAUUAUUUUUAAAGCCAAAAUGGUAAAAGUACUCAGGUCUAUAAAACCAACCAUUUCCAAUGCAUUGCCAUAGACCGAUUUUAAAUAGAUCUUUAAUUUUUAAUACAGAAAAAAAAUCAGUAUUUGUUUCACGCAUGCACCAUGGAUUUAUUAAAGCUUUAAUUUGGAUUGGCUUUCUAUGCGGUUGGGUUUUCACCCAACCUGGCAAGUUGUACACGCUUUAGUUCCCCUGUUCUUGGUGGAAGAACACGCCUCCAUUGCUCCACAACCAAAGUGUUUGCACCAGACUACUGUAUACCAUUUGUUCAUAGCUACAAGUUGUGUUUGCAUCUGCGCAACGUAGCUUGAUCACAUUAUUAAUGUCGCACUGCAAAGAAAUCCUUGGAAAUAACCUGAUUUUUAAAAAAAAACAACAACACACACACAUACACACACACGACAACAAAUGCAUUACCUCAGAACACACUUGAUACCUGGAUUCAGUGGCAGCGUAACAUAUCUCACACUGUAACUGCAGGGAGCCUUUAAGUAACUCUGAUGGCGUGUCAGUGCUUUCUGGUCCCUGACAUGCAGGAUCUUCUCAUGGUUUCAAACUACCUCUGACUCAGCACAAUCAGCUCAAGAAAUGUACGCCGUUCAGCCGAAUUACACUCAAAGCAAAAUGCACAGGAGGGCAGGGUGCAUUCAAGUGUUUAUGUGUUGGAACUGACUUUUUUUUUUUUUUAUACUGUGUGUGUUAUAGCGAGGUCAUACUUUGUUGAUGUCUUCUCACAAAGAAACGGCAUGGUGGGUGUUUGCAACUGUUUGGUUUCAGUGGGAGAGCUAUAAAGAAGCACAUGUCGGGUAGGAGACAAAGCACCCUUUUUUGGAGGGAUAAUUCGGUUAUUUGCUCUUUUUUUUUUUUACAGAAAUGUCUUAUUGACAUGCAUUGCGAAUUCAUUUUGGAUAAUAAUGUGAAAAAAAUGGACAGUGGAACCUUGAAGAAAGAAUCAUAUGUUUUUUUUGCAAUAAUGGAAAUAUUAAAGUUUUUUAAAAUUAGCAGUCGAUUGUAAAAAGAGGCCCACAAUAACAACAUAAAGGGGAGCUCAUUCAGUCUAAAAAAAAAAAACAACUCUCCAAUAGGCUAGAAAAAAAAUUACACUUUUUACUCUUUGGGACAAUUUUUUUUCAUUUUUUUCAGACAUUUAUUUAUUCAUUCAUUCAUUCAUUUUCUACCGCUUUUCCUCACGAGGGUCGCGGGGGGUGCUGGAGCCUAUCCCAGCUGUCUUCGGGCGUAAGGCGGGGUACACCCUAGACUGGUCGCCAGCCAAUCACAGGGCACAUAUAGACAAACAACCAUUCACACUCACAUUCAUACCUAUGGACAAUUUGGAGUCGCCAAUUAACCUAGCAUGUUUUUGGAAUGUGGGAAGAAACCGGAGUACCCGGAGAAAACCCACGCAUGCACGGGGAGAACAUGCAAACUCCACACAGAGAUGGCCGAGGGUGGGAUUGAACCCUGGUCUCCUAGCUGUGAGGUCUGUGCGCUAACCCAUAGACCACCGUGCCGCCCAAAGUUUUUCAAUUUAAUUUAUUUUUAAAUAUAUAUAUAUUUUAAUUAGAGAUGUCCGAUAAUUAUAAUUAUCAGUACUGACAAUUAUCAACCCGAUAUCUGCAUUAAAAUGCAAUGUCGGUUGAUAUCGUUAUCUGAUUUUUUUUCCUGAUCAUAAAAAACAAUGUUUAAAAAAAUGCUGUAUAAAACACAUAUGUUGAGAGUUGGACAAUAUCGGCAUAUCGGUUUUCGGCAAAAAAAGCCAAUAUUAGACAUCCCUACUUUUAAUGUUUUUAUUUUAGAUUUUUUUCAGUGGCCAAAACACCAAAAUCAGCAAUAAUUUCCAGAAAUCCAGCCUUGACUUCUGAUCAGUAAUUGAUUCUGAUGCGUUCUUAUUUUUGGAGCAGCAUCUUUUAGAAAAGUUUCCAAGUGUUAAAUUGUGUUUACAGUCGAUGACAUCAGCAAUGGGCGACUAAACGACAUCCAAACAGGAGUUCAGAAUAUUCAGAUUAAGGAUCUGACUCCAAAUUUGGUGUCCGCUGGACUCUUACCUAACGUCUGCUUCUUUAGUGACUUCCUGCUAAAAGUCAAAAGUCGGUCGACGCUUUCCGAUUGAACAGGUUGCGGAAGCGUCUCCCAACUUUUGACUGGUACUGUCGAGCAGCUAUUGAUCUUACUUGGAAAUGACUUCAGUUGAAGUUUGUGUCUAAACAUUGUAAGGCGACCGACAUCGUCAUCCACAAACUCAUAUUUCUGCUUGACAACUUGAAUUUAUUUUGUACCAAUUUUAUGUUUUUUUUUUUGAGGGAGUCUUUGACGCCACAUGACAGUGAGCUUGAUUUUCUUGAUUUUCCUGAUUGUACUACCUACAGUACUAUCUCAGUACCUCAACGAUGGACUGAUCCGUUCACUCACUACCUCCAGUAUACUGUACUUUCAGUGCUGACAUAGUAUCUUAAUAGUCAUGGAUACCAGAACCGCAGACGCUUCUCAUUGUUUCUAAGGUGUUUUAUCAGGACAAACUUCUAGUCUCAGUACACGUCUCACCCUCAAAGGGGGCUUUUGGGUUUGGAUUAUUGUAUAUUGUAUUCGAUGUUUUUUCUCAUUUUUGAUUAGUCUAUAUACUUGAUGUAGGUGUCUUGUGUACUUUUAAGCAAAAUGUGACUUUCUUGGCUUGUUAUAUGGUUCAACCAGAUGUAUGUGGGGUUAUUUUUGUACUUACUUAAGGGAUAUUCUAUUAUACCAGUUGUCAGUCAAGGGCAGAGGUAGUGCCUCGUUGAUCUGUUCACUUGCCGUAGUUAGUAACCGUAACGUUGCAUUGUUACGAUGCAGUGGAACCGACUUAAGUCAAUAACGCUGAUCGGAUCUAAUGAAUGUAUUAUCGACACAACAUACAAAUGCCACACACUAAAUUUAGAGGAAAAAAAAAAAGAUUUGUCCAUUAAUAAGCUGCAUCGUUGUGUUUACGCCACAUUUCAUAAAAUAGCAUAUUGUGGUGAGCAUGAUGACGUCGAUGAGCACCAGUCAGCUGUUUUUUUUUUUUUACAUGAGCUAUGAAAAAUUUUACGACGAGCUUGUCAACCCAUUGGAAAUUGCAAGAGGUCAUUACUCAAUGUAAGAGCCUGACUUAAACCCAUCACACAGCAACUUAACACCCAAACGCCAUACCUCAGAAAUAUACAAACAUGUACCAAUAUGGGUUUAAUAUUGAAAGAAAAUGUAUUUCGUUAGAGAAAAACCAUUUCAUCGGAGGAGUAUACUAGAAAGCAUGGCAAUGCUGUCGCUGUCCACCAGAGGGAGGCUGACGUCAUUGCAGCUCGCCCAAUGAAUGGGUUGCUCAGAUGCAAGGCGUUAUGGGAAAAAAAAUCAUACUGGUACAUGUUUGUAUAUUUGUCAGGUACACCCUUUGAGUGUUAAGUUGAUGUGUGAUGAACUUAGUGUUGUUAGUACAGUGUUCUCUGCAAGAUGACACCAUGAGACAGACAGUUGUGUUGUCAUACUGUUAGAUAUAAUCUCCUCCUGUGAUUUCCAAUUGAUUGACAAGCUCGUUGUGAGUGCAGUUAUAGCUCGUGAUUGGCUCCUGUCAAAGAAAUAGCUACCGUUUCUCCACCGACUCACAAGUGGCACAGCUGGAGAAGCCAAAUGGUUUAUAGUUGAACA